UCCGUCGGUGAAGGGCAAAAGGAAAAACACACUGCCUCACUCACGCCACCAAGCAUGUCUUCACUGAAGGAGAUUCUAACCCGGCGCCCGGUGUCGGCGACGAUCCGCCUCACAGUUCCGGCCGGAGCAGCCCGGCCGGCACCACCGGUAGGACCGGCUCUGGGUCAGUACCGGUUGAAUCUGAUGGCGUUCUGCAAGGACUUCAACGCUCGAACGCAAAAGUACAAGCCGGAUACGCCCAUGGCCGUGACCAUCACCGCCUACAAGGAUAACACCUUCGAGUUUACCGUGAAGUCUCCGUCGGUCACCUGGUACCUCAAGAAGGCCGCCGGAAUCGAGUUAGGCAGCGGCCGCCCCGGUCACGUCGUCGCCUCCAGCGUGACCUUAAAGCACAUCUACGAGAUUGCGAAGGUAAAGCAAUCCGAUCCUUAUUGCCAGUACAUGUCAUUGGAAUCCAUUUGCAAAUCCAUUAUUGGAACCGCAAAUACCAUGGGGAUUCAGGUCGUCAAGGAAUUGGAUUGAUUUCCAAAAUUCUAGGGUUUUAUCGGAUCCUUCUGUUGGGUUGAAGAGGCAAGAAUAAUUUUGACAUACAUUUUUUCUUUAUCUUUUAGAUUUUUAGACGUUUGCCCUAUUUGUUGUGUUUUAAAUUGGAUUGUGCUGAAGAGUUCAAUCAUGAUUUGCACUUGAAUUAUAUAUAUAUUUUCGUUUGCAAAUAUUACAAGAAAUGGGACAUGUUAGAGGAGUACGUAGGUGACAUAUGAAGGUUUGGGAGUCAGGGCCUCUCUUCUUGUUUUGAUGUAUAUGGAGGGAAUGCAAUGGAAUUUGAAGAGGAGCAGUGCUUUCACCAGUCUCCAAAACUGGUUGGUUUAGGCUGUAUCCAAAAAUGUCAAUGUUAUGCUCCUGGAUUUUGUUGAUGGGAUUAGUUAAGAGUGAGGGGUUGCAGUAUGUUGUUUUCUCUUUUUCUGCACUUCUUAAUUUUUGCUCAUUGGUGUUC